AUGGCUCGACCACUGCCCAAUUCAGCCGUACGUCCUCCAACCCCAUUGACUCCACCGAUAUUGUCGCCGACCGUCAACAAAAGUCCUGGCGUCGACGGUUUAGUAUCUCCCAUGGCCAACAUGAAUAUACAGCAAGUUCCAAAGCAUCCAUCAGCUCCUCCCAAAAGUGGACGAUCGAGACGCGUUUAUGCUCCGGCUGCCGGUGCCUCUUUGCCCUUGUCGCCCAACACACUUGCAACAUCGACAGUACCGUCGACAACAGGAUCGCCAGCAGUUCCACCUCCAUCGUUCCCCAGUCAAGCCGCGACGCCUGCACCGUCAGCUGUACGACCGCCUUGUCCAAAAGCAAAGAUUGAUCCCAAUCAGAUACCCUCCCCUGUAGCCGCCCAGAUGAGAGAUCAAGAAACGUAUGAAACGCAGCCUUUUGGCACAUGUUCACAGGACUCCUUGCCGCUACCGACGACGGAUUUCAGAGCCAUUGAUCAAGGCAAUUGCAACCCCCGGUUUAUGAGAGCAACGAUCAGUGCUAUUCCUCGUCUUGAAAAACUCUUGGAAGAUACCAGUCUACCCUUUGGUGUGGUGGUGAAUCCACUGGCUGCGCUUCAUGUAGACGAUCAAAAAGUGUCAGUAGCCGAAGCUGGCUCGGAGGGUCCGCCUCGUUGCCGACGAUGCCGCGGCUAUGUCAAUCCAUGGUGUACCUUUACCGACAGCGGACGAAAAUAUAAAUGCAAUUUAUGCGACUUUGUCAAUGAGGUCCCCGACGAUUACUUUUCACACCUGGACAUGUCUGGCCGGCGUAUGGAUAUCGAUCAACGACCUGAAUUGCAGUUGGGAUCUGUCGAAUUCAAUGUACCUUCAGAGUAUUGGGAUCGUACACCGGCUCCUCUUCACAUUGUGUUUGCUGUGGAUGUCUCGGCCAGCAGCGUUCGAAGCGGCUUGCUAUCCGUGUUCUGUUCAACUCUGAAAGCCAUUUUAUACAGCGGUCAAUUCCCCGCCAACAUCAAGAUCGCCCUUAUGACGUUUGAUGACACGGUUCAUUUUUACAACUUAUCGCCAUCAUUGGAUCAAGCGAGCAUGAUGGUGGUAUCAGAUAUCGAUGAUGUGUUCAUCCCUCUUGCUGAGGGCUGCUUUGCCGAGCCACAGGCAUCAAAAUCUGUCAUUGAAGGAUUGUUGGACACAUUGCCGAGCAUGUUUGCCAAUACUGCGAUUCCCGUGGCGGUGCUUGGCGCCAGUGCCAAGGCAUCCUUGUUGGCGUUGGCUCAGACAGGCGGCAAACUGUGCAUUUUCCAGACCCUCUUACCUAGCAAAGGUCCUGGGGCAUUAAAAAACCGCGACGAUCCAAAACUGUAUGGCACGGACAAAGAAAAUACCUUGUUCAAACCACAGGACAUUUUCUACACAAACUUGGCCAAAGAAUGCGUCAAGCAGGGUGUAUGCGUGGAUCUCUGGCUCUUUCCACAAAACACUUACGUGGAUAUCAGCACCCUCGGUCAACUAACGGGAAUUACGGGCGGUGAUGUACAUUACUAUCCCAACUUUGACAAGGACAAAGAAGGUUUACAAUUCGCCCAUAAUCUGCAACAUACUCUUCUGCGAGAACAAGGAUAUAACAGCGCUUUGAAAAUCCGAUGCUCCAACGGCUUGACCAUUGCUCAACGGUUUGGCAAUUGCCUUCCCAGUGGCAGCAAAGAAAUCGAAGUCGCCGGCAUUGACAGUGAUAAAUCAUUCGCUUUCGAGUUGCUGCACGAUGACAAGCUUACCUCACGGUCCGAGGUCUUUUUACAAUGUGCUUUAUUGUAUACCACAGUAUGCGGACAACGGCGCGUACGCGUGCAUAACCUUUCGCUGCCUAUUGAAGAUACUGUGAGCGGUCUUUUCAGAAAAGCUGAUCUUGAUGUAUCCAUGAAUUUCAUUUGCCGACAAACUAUUGCCGAUCUUCCCAAAAGAGCACUGGCGGAGAUAGCCAGUGAUCUCGAUAAUCGUUGCGUGAAAAUCCUUUCUGCUUAUCGAAAGCAUUGUGUCAGCAAAGCCAAUCCUUCUCAGCUUAUCUUGCCUGAAUCAUUCAAAAUACUGCCGUUGUACGUUCUUGGAUUCAAGAAGUCUCUCGUUCUACGAAAAGACUUUAAUAUCAACAGUGAUCUUCGAGCAUACAAUAUACGUAAAAUGAAUGCCGUCGAUGUCCCGCUGACCAUUCAGUGGUUGUAUCCACGUAUGAUCAAACUUCAUGAAUGGUUCCAGCAAGAAGGAAGCAAUUUGUUACCACUUGAACGAAUUUCUUAUGAACGACUGGAUUCUCGGGGGAUGUAUCUUGUUGGUAUGCCUACUUAUUUUUUCUUGCAUCAAAAUGAAAGCACGGCUUAUCUGUGGAUCGGUCAGCAUGUGUCCGAGGACAUUCUUCAGGGAGUAUUUGGUGUAUCACAGUUGGAUCAAGUGAAUCCUUCCACGGCGUUGGAUGAUGAGCGGCCGUUCACCAAAGAAUUGGUUGAAGACGAGCAUUUCGGACUCAUGAGCUAUGUUGAUUAUCUCUGCCUUGUACAUAAAAGAAUCCAAAGCGAGGUGUAG